UAUCGAAAUAAUAAACAAUUAUGUUGAGAUUAUUAACAAUCUGUAUCUGCAGUGAAUAUUAAAAGCGUGUGUUUGUGUGUUGUGUGUGAACGCGCUUAAUUAUGCAAAACGCAGCAGCCAAAGACGCUCCUAACAGCGGUGAAAGUGUUGUUGUUGUUGCAGCAGCGAAAUUGGUUUUGUUCGCUAGCAGCAGUGACUGUGGUUCAAUUUGUUGUGGUAUUCGCUUUAGCAGCAACGAUCAAUUUUCCCUAAUAAAGACAACAAAGUGAAACAUAGGAGACGAGAGCGAACGAAAAGUGCGGUAGACAAGUGAAUAAAAAAAUCAAACAAUUGGCUUUUUUCGUUUAAUUAUUUUUCGGUUUUCCGCAUUGUACGCCAAUAAACUUGCAGUGCUGCUUGCGUUUACAGUUACACACAUACAUAAAUACAGAGAUAUGUAUAUGCUGUAUGCUAUAAUAAGUUCAAGGAAAGCAGAAAGCAAAAUGCGAGAAACAGAAUGUGCAAUGCAGUAGUAAAAGAAAGAAAGCAAUUGACGCCUGCUGCUUGGGCCUCGCCUCGCCUCUGUACAUUUCAUAUUAUGUAAAAAGUGGCUCUUUGUUGACUCUGGUGCACCUGAAUUUAAGUGUGCGUGCAAUAAAUAUUAAUUCAAUUCGAGCUGCAUGCAAUAAUAAUGUUCAAAACGGAGCCAAAUAAUCGAUGUGCGAAAAUUUACCGUUGUCGGCUGUAAGCUGGCGCGGGGGCAGCAGCAACCGCAGCAUUUGUAGCAACAAAGCACAGCUGAGCGUCGGCGUCGGCGUUGCUUGAUGUGUGCGUGUGCGUCUACGUUUGUGUGCAAUUGAAUAAGGAAGGAGUGGAGAAGGCAAAUAACAACAGUCCCAAUCGGAAGCAGGAGCAGCAGAAGCAGCAGCGGAUCUGCGAAGCGAAUCGAAUCAAUAUUUAUUAUGCGAAAGUCCAACUGAACUGCAAAAAUGUCCAAGUGAAGCAACUAAACUAAUUGGCAACAGGAAUAAAAUCGGAAAGCUGUGGGGCAACCUUGCAAGUUCUUUGCCCUUCUAUUUAUUCGUUGGUUAAACGCAACAAAGCAAAAAUAAUGGAAUUUUAACAAAGGAUCGAAAGUGUACUUCUGGUGCAGGUGCGAGAGGACGACAACCACAUCUAAAAGGGGAAGAGAAUCAGUAGGCGCAGCAGAAGUAUACAAGCGUGAGGAGAAUCCUGUUGAGACUGGAGGAGGAGAAGGAGCAGAAGCAGAAGCAGAAUCAACAACACCACCACCACCACCACCACCACCAUAUGAUACCCACAAGCGUUACCAACUCACCGCCAGCCGCUGGCCUGGCACAGAAUGGAGCCGGAGGCACAGCAACUGCUGCUGUCGGCGGAGCUGCUGCUGCUGCUGCUGCCACAGCAGCGGUUGCAGCGGCAGCGGCAUCGUCGGCGGCAGCGCAGCAAAGCAACUACAAUUCAAUUGUUCUGGGCCUGGCCUCGCUCAUACUGGAGGGCAGGCCCAUAUCUGACGACGAGUACCAACAACAAUAUCAGCCGCAGCCGCAGCCGCAGCCAGCGUCGAGCAGCGGUCGCCAUUCGCCACGCCCUUCCACUUCACGGGCCGCCAUCAAUAUAACAACGAAUCCGUAUGCAAUGGCCAGCGGAACGCCACGUUCCGCUUAUGGCCAGGCUCAGGGAUAUGGAUAUGGAUACAACUGUGACUAUGGACAGACCAGCAGCAGCAGUGGCAGCGGCAGCAAUGGCUCGAGCGCCAGCAGCGCCACGCAUCAACGCUGGACGCAAAAGCUCUGCCAGCUGCGUCAGGUGUCGCCGGCGGCUCAGAGCAUGAGCGCAGAGCCGGAGCUGGUGGCGCUGUCCAUAAAUGACCUGAAUGCGGAUCGUGGUGACUUUGAGAUUGUGCGCCGUGUCAUGUUGAAUCGAGCUGGCGCAACGGCUGGUGGAGGAGGAUUGGGAGCUGGAGCUGGAGAGCACCUGACCAACAAUAGCUCCAGUGCUGGCAGCUCGCCUGGCUCGGAUAAUAUAUUGCACUCGCUGCAAUCGCUGGCCACCACCUGUCUGCGGGGAGGACCCGCUGUGACCACCGAGGCGCGACCUCUAAGUCUGGGUGUAGGCCUCAGCUUUGGCUCGCCAACACAAACAGCAACAGUCAGCGCGGCCAGCCUGCUGGAUUAUAACUGCAGCCGGACACCGUUGGGUGGUGCAACUGCUGGAGGAGGAGGAGGAGGAGGGGGAGUUGGAGGAGGAGUAAUCGGAGGUGCAGCAGCCACAUCAACAGCCACUGCCAGCAACAGUGCAACUGGGAAUGGAGCUAGUUCAGGUUCCAGCUCCAGUUGCACCACACGGCCCAAACACGGGCCACACUGUGAUCAGUUCCUCAGAAAGAUGGGCCUCGCCAAGGGCGACUCCACUGAUACCGAGGAACAUUUCUGUGAUAUGUCUUACGUUAAUAUAACCUGUUCCCGCUGGCGUGCCCACUGUAUGAAAAUGGAGGCCAUCCUGGCACGUCGCGAGCCCGUCUGCAUCGAGGUUUAUCUGGGGCCAGCUGGACAUAAGAUUCUGCUGGAGCAAUGGAUCAUCAGCGGCAAGGAGAAAGUGCCACCGCCGACAAUGACGCUGCCGUCGCUGUGCAGCGCGAUUCGCAGCCAGCUUUACUUUUCGCAGAUCGUGGCCUGGUGCGAUCUGCUGCGCAAAUGCGAUCCCUCGGUCUAUGACAGCGGGCGCGUGAUCUUUGCGAGCGGCAACAGCAACAAUGCGGGUGAUCUGGCCGGGCAGAGCGGUGCAGCAGCAGCAGCCGCAGCGGCUCGAACGCGACGGCCGCGUCUCAAUAUCUUCUACAGGAUCAGGCCCCACGAUCUGAGCUGCAGCAAUGCCAAUGGCAACGACGGCGGCUUCAGCGCCAAGGCGAAUGUGCACAACUUUCCGCACGUCAACAUCGCCGAGAACUUCAGCGUUGCGGUCUGUGUGAAGAGUUUGCCCCGGUUCAAUGGCGGCCUGCCGCACGUGUCGCCGUCGGUGGCCAAGCAGCGGGUGGUGCGAGCUGUGCCGGCGGCCAGUACGCCCACUGGCGGCGGUGGCAUGUGCGCGGCCACGCCCACUGGGCUGGGUGCACGAAUUGUGAUAGGCACAACGCCGCCCGCCAGCAGCUGUGAUAAAUAUGGGGGCAACAGGCAACAGGAGGCGGCGGUGGAGGCGGAUGACUUGGACGGACAUCGGGAGAAGCAGCUGCAAAAGUAUCGCAAGCGAAUGCAGCGACGCGACAAGAAGCGUGAACGCAAACCCUCGGAGCAGCUGGAGUCCAUGGAGCCCAUGGACGAGGGCAACGAGGAGACGCAAACGCAGGCAAUGGCGCUCACAGUGCUGGCGCCGCCGCGUCGCAUUGCCAUGAUCUCGACGGGCACACAAACCUCGCUGAGCAGCUGCCAGCAGUGCGGCAGCGAGAAGACGCUGCUCUGCUUGAGCUGUGAGCAUGGCAACGGGAAUGCAGCGGACGAUGCUGGCGAUACGAGCGCCUCCGAAAUGGAGGACACAUCCAGCUGCAGCUUGAGCAGCUCCGAUCUCAUUGUCGGCACGCCGCGCAGCAAGGCCGAGCUGCUGCUGCAGGCCAUACAGCGCACGCCAAAGAACCGCAAGCCGAUGCCAAAAGCAGCAGCAGAAGGAGGCGGAGGAGGAGGAGGAGGAGCAACUGCGGGAGCAACGUGCAACGAUCUCAAUGUUGGUUUAGUGCAGGGUCAGAGUCGCAGCAAUCAGAACAACAAUCAAGUGAAGCCGGCGCCAAGCAGCGGCUGUCAGGUGUGCAAACGCCAGAAGACGCAGCACAACUUUGCCAAUGGCAAAGCUGGGGGAGAUCAACAACAACAACAAAAGCAGCAGCAGCAGGCAGAGCUUCACUCGAAUGGCACGAAUGGGCACAGCAAGGAUGGCGGCAGCGUGGAGCAGGACGAGGACAACAGCAUGGAGCAGGAGUUGGCAUUGAGCGGCUCGACAAAGCUGACGCCCAACAUCGAUCGCUGCUCAUUGAAUGCUGGCCAGGAGCGUUGCCAGACGCCCACGGAUGUGGCUGCCGGCUGUGUCUUGGAUGAGCGCAUUGUGGUGCAGUUCAAGACGCCCAUCAGCCAUGUGCCGCUCAAGCUGCAGGAGUUUCAGCCCCAGCAACAGCAGCAGCAGCAGCAGCAGCAGUUGGCGAAUCUGCCUGCCAAGGCGGCGAAUCAGCUGCGGCUGAACUGCAAUGGCUCCAUGCUCGACAGGGAGACACCGCCACCGCUGCUCUCGCCGCUGCUGCGCAAGGCCUUGCCCAAGGUUAACUUGACAACGAUCUUCUGCAGCAGCAGCAGCAGCGGAAGUGGCAGCGGCAGCGGCAGCAGCAGCUCGGCGCCCAUUACGAUUGACAGCAGUCUGGCCUUUUGCUUCGAGACGCCAGCAAUCACCUAUGCCCAAUCGCAGUCGCAGUCGCAGUCUGCGUCGCUGCUGACGCCGCCGGAGCUAGUGGCUGGCAAUUUGCCCGUGCAGAAAUCCUAUUCGGCGCCCACGUUGCCCAAUGCGCUGUCCGUGUCGCCGCGCUUUGCCAAGCAGGCGGCCUUCUACAAGCGACGCUCGCGCCAUCUGAGCGAUCGCUCGGAUCGCAGCUCGCUGGGCUCCGACGAGCAGCUGUCGGACGAGGAUCUCGAGUCGGGCAUGUGCAGUCCGGCUGGCUCGCCGCUGAAGUCGCGCGCGCGCCUGGCCACACAAUUCGGGGGGCGACCGCUGCUUGGCAAUUUGGAGGAGUCGCUGCUGCAGAAGCGUCUGCUGCCCAAGAUCGAGGUGGCGGGCUUUCGUCUGCAGCUCGGCGCCUCGGGCGGCUUCUGCCCCACACAGCUAACCAUUCCGGCUUCCUCGUACUUCUAUGAGCUGCACGGCGAGACGCUCAGCACGCCCUACCUGUGCGAGAUUCGAUUGCCACGCAAAGGUUACUUUGUGCCGCGAUCGGGCACUGUGCAGGCCACGCUGCUGAAUCCCAUGGGCACGGUGGUGCGGAUGUUUGUCAUUCCGUACGACAUGCGCGAUAUGCCGCCGCUGCAUCGCACGUUCAUACGCCAGCGCAUCUUGGCCGAAGAGCUGCCGGGCGCGAGUGCCUGCGUCAAUGGCAUCGCGCUGCAGAACCAACAGCCAAAGCCUUGUGCACGUGAGCCGAGCAGCCCGACAGCAGCGACGAGCACCACCAGCAAGUUGGGACACUUUAUUACCGCCGAGCAGAUGAAGCGAUUGCGCUACUCCAUCCACCUGAGGUUCCAGACAUCUCGAUCGGGUCGCCUGUCGCUGCACACGGACAUUCGGCUGUUGAUCUCACGGCGCACGGAUUGCGAUACGGCGGCGGCGCACGCCAAGGGCCUGGUGGAGGCGGCCAAUGAGCUGGUGACGGACACGCUGAUGCCACAGGAGCCGCGCUACAGUGCGCGUCAGGAGAGUCCCGGCAAGAUUUAGUAGUUGCUAAACGUCCUGGGCGUGGCAUGCGCCAGCGGCCACAGCUGUGGGAACGGCGGCGACAUGAUACGGCGCCUCUGGAAGCAGCUGCAGGUGCGCUGGCAACUCUGGCAACACUGUCCCAGAUAUCAACUGUAGGCAGGCAACCCUAACAGCGGAAAUCGAGACAAAUUUCCAAUAAUUUACACACCGCUUCAUUAGUUACUCUAACUGUACUCUACUCUACUCCGACCUGCCCAGCCCAGCCCAGCCAAGCCCGGCCUCUGUUUUAGUCACUUUAAGGCCUCUAGUUUAAAUUUGAAAGAGAACAUUUCGAUGUACAGCUAAACACAACCAACUCUCUAUCUAUCUCUAUCUCUAACUCUAUCUCUGUUUGUGAAGGGGCCAACAACAAAACAAAAACAAAAAGAAGAAAAAAAAGAAAAGAACGAUACAAAGAAAUAUCUCAAUUUA